AUGAGAGCCAUCUCACGUCGACUUCCCACGGGAGCUGUCACUCCUCUCAUCACCAGAUCGAGGCUUCUACCCACCUACACCCGAUCGCAUAGACUAUAUAGACAACUCUCUUCCCUACACUCUACGAACCUUUCCUCUUCCUCGACUCAUACCUCCAAUCUGGUCAACAAUACCUCAAUCGUCAAACCUCACUUCAGAAAGAUCCUCAUCGCUAAUAGAGGCGAGAUAGCAUGUCGUAUUAUCCGAACUGCCAGGAAACUAGGAGUGAAGACCGUAGCAGUAUUCAGUGAGGCUGACAAGGGCUGUAUACAUGUACAAAUGGCAGACGAAGCGUAUUGUAUCGGACCAGCACCAAGUUCUGAAAGUUAUCUGAAUAUCGAUAAGAUCUUGGCAGUAGCUAAAGCGACAGGAGCAGAGGCAAUUCAUCCAGGAUACGGAUUCCUAUCUGAAUCUUCAGUUUUCGCAGAACGGAUCAAAGAUGCAGGUCUGGUAUUUAUCGGACCUCCCACAUCAGCUAUCAAGAGUAUGGGAUCGAAGAGGGAAAGUAAGGAGAUAAUGACUGCUGCUGGCGUUCCUUGUGUACCAGGAUAUCACGGUGCCGACCAGUCCCAUUCUGCUCUUUCAAAAGGAGCAGAACAAACCGGCUAUCCCCUCCUUAUCAAACCAACUCACGGAGGAGGUGGGAAGGGUAUGAGGAUCGUUAGAGACCCUAAAUCAUUUGAAGAUGAAUUGAUCUCAGCUAAAAGAGAAGCUAUAAAAUCGUUUUCGAAUGAUGAGGUACUGCUGGAGAGAUGGCUAGAGAAACCUAGACAUGUCGAAGUUCAGGUUUUUGCUGAUACGUUUGGGAACACGGUGGCGUUGGCUGAGAGGGACUGUUCUGUUCAGAGAAGACAUCAGAAGAUAAUCGAAGAAGCCCCAGCACCUGGACUGAGUCCUGAGCUCAAAAAGGAUUUCGCAGAGAAAGCCGUGGCUGCUGCCAAAGCGGUCAAUUAUGUUGGAGCAGGAACAGUUGAGUUCAUCAUGGAUGCUGAAACUGGGGAAUACUUCUUCAUGGAAAUGAAUACCCGAUUACAAGUAGAACAUCCUGUCACCGAGAUGGUUACUGGUAUCGAUCUGGUUGAAUGGCAAUUGUCCGUGGCAGCUGGAAACUCACUACCAUUAACUCAAGAGCAAAUACCUUGCAAUGGUCAUGCAUUCGAGGCUAGAAUCUACGCCGAGAGACCCGAAUCCAACUUCUUGCCCGACGCUGGAAAGUUACUCCAUACCAAAGCACCCGUGAACGUGCCCCAUCGACUGGAGACGGGAUUCUGGGAAGGGGAUGAAAUAAGUUCGUACUAUGAUCCAAUGAUCUCCAAACUUAUCGUCCAUGGACCCGAUCGAUCGUCUGCCCUUUCGCUCCUACGCUCAGCCCUAGGUGAAUAUCAAGUUGUAGGUCCAUCGACCAAUAUUGAAUUCCUCAAAUCAGUAGCGGGCCAUGAAGUCUUCGCAAGCGGUCCUGUAGAAACCAGUUUUGUGCCUACCUACCACACCGACCUCUUUCCCGCACGUCAUAUCCCCACUGAAGUCCUGGCUCAGGCGGCACUCUACCUCACUCUUAGAUCUGAGAAAGCCCAUCAAAUACUAGGUGAUGGGCCUUGGUCUAAAUUAGUUGAUCUAAGAUUCGGUGACGAGGUAAUCAAGGAAUAUAAGAUAGAUGACCAUCUCAUCAAACUUAAGCACACCGAUAAAGGGUAUUCUGUCAGUAUAGAUUCACAAGAUUGGAUUGAUAUCUCAUCGAGUAUGUUGAACGAAGAAGGUAUAGAAUUAAUCAGUGAGAUUGAGAAUAAUCACGUGAAAUCAACUAUUAUUCCUGUCGCCUCAACUGGACAUGGGCAUGGUCAAAUUGGAGAAGAGAAAUUGCAUAUAUUUGCAUCUUCUUCACAUUACAUCCUUACUCAUCGACCUACAUUAUUGGAAGAUCCAUCUUUAUCCACAUCCACUUCUAACGGUAGUAACCAAGAUAAACUUGUAUCGCCUAUGCCAGCUACUGUAAUAGAAGUGAAAGUAAGAUCUGGAGACGAGGUAAAAGAGAAUCAAGUGCUGGUAGUGCUAGAAAGUAUGAAGAUGGAAAUAUCCAUUAGAGCAUCUAAAGAUGGGGUCGUUGGUGAAGUGAAUGUGGAGAAAGGAAAGGUCGUUCAGGAAGGUGAAGUGUUGGUUGAGUUGGCGAAGCAAUAA